UGCCUGUAUAACCAGAGUGGCGACAACUGGGGAUUUGACGCCAUUUUGUUUCCAUUCACUCAAUAUGGGACGUGCAGCGUGAGGUGCACAUUCACGAAAACUAGCUAUUUGUGGAUUGCUUACUGAUUUCAAGACAUGUUUUGGACAAAAUAUUUUACUGGCUUGUUUUGUCUGGAUGUCCAAGGUUGGAUUAUGGCCAUUUUUUGUGGAAUAUUUUCAUCUGUGACCAGUUUUGAGCCUUCAAAGAUUACAGCCAUAGGAAGCGUCUAAAAAUCAACCUCAAAAAGACACUGAUGAAAGGAGGAACACCGACCUACACAAAGACAGCUGAGUUCCUGUUCUCACAUCUUUAGUUCGCACAUUUGAGUCUGUGAGGAUGAAGCUGAACACCUACUGCUGCCUGUUUGUCUGUGUUCGGGGCUGGAACGUCACCGCAGGUAAAAUCCACAGAGUAGUGAAUGACACAAACACUGUUACUCUGCCUUGUCAUCGCUCUGUGGAUGGUUCAGUGACGUGGAGCAGAGACACCAACGGAAGUAAAGUUGACCUGAUUAUUGCUUGUGGUACAGGAGACAAGAGACUCAAUGAUCCAAAGAAACGAUUUGCCUCAUUGGGAGAUGAAUUUAAGACACUGCGCAUUCUCAAAGCGUCUGUCUCAGACUCUGGAAGAUACUUCUGUAAUGACGAAGCAGCUGCAGAUCUGACAGUGAUCCCCUCAGGAACGAGGAUAGAAAAUGUGACAGAGGGAACCAGAGUCACUCUAAACUGUCCUCAUCCCAUCGGAGGAUCGCGUUUUCAGGAAUGGAGCAAACAAAUCGCCGGAAAACCACAAAGAAUCAGGCCUCGAGUUUCCACCGCAGACAAGACGUUGGUUCUAAUAGAUGCUAAGCCUGCCGACUCUGGAUUGUACUUCUGUGGUGAAAAAGCAGCCGCUUAUCUGGCUGUGAAUGAAGCCUCGCCACCACCUCCGUAUCUGCUGAUGGGAGUGGGCAUCUUCAUCCUGCUGAUAAUCAUCAUCUUCUACUUUACUCGGAGAUUCAAGCUGAAAAAACGAGAUUUACAUCACUCUGCUGGAGUAGAUGAAGCUGUAUACUACAUGAUAGACUGUCCAGAUGGAUCAAAGCACAACGACUGCACAUACGCCACCAUCCCUCAUCUGCCACAGACAGGAAACAGCACUGGUAAUGUUGGACUGUCCCCAGUUUAAUCACUGAAGUAUUUAUGAUUAAGUUCUGGAUUAAGAAUAUUUCAUUCCUUCUCACAGAGUCCUCAUAUUCCUUGCUUGGUCCCAGUUUUGCAAUAUAUAUUCUUUUUUUUUUUUACAGUUACUGGUAUUUUAAAAUACCAGAUUCUAAAGUGUCUAUUGUCACAUUAUUAAAGACCAAACUAUGAAAAAAUAAUGCAAUUAUUAUUUCAUGUGCAGGUUGUUGACAGCUGACGGAUGGCUGGAGAAAGCCAGAGUUAGGUGGUGUAGAAAUUACUUGGACAGAAAAAUGUGUAAUACAUAAAAAUGCAAUGUGUAAUGUAAUAAACGUUUGUUUUUGAAGUUGGGGGUAAAAUGGUUUAAAUGGAACCUUUAAGAAAAAAUCAUCCAAGAAACUUCCUGAUUCUCCUCAUGGUUUCCUGCUGACUGAAUGAAUUCAUCAGAACAUAAAUACUACAUUUGUUGUUCUACUUUGACUGUUUCCCAUUUUCCAUUAAUAAACAUUUCAGAACUUUCA